UUAAAAAACAACGUAAUGAAACAAUGAUUUUAUAUUGAUUUAUUUUACAACCAUUCAUAUUUUGAUUUUCAAUUAUGGCCUCAAAACUUACUCCAAAGAUCAAAAAAGAAAUGAAGAAACUUAAAUUGAAAAAAACCGACAAAAGUGAUACAGUCAUCCAUGAAAAAGACUGGUUUAUGCGAUUUGAUGCACCUUUGAAAAUUAUUUUAACUGCAAGGUUUUUUGCUGCGUUUCUUGUUCACAUUUCAGACUGUGAUGAAACAUUUAACUACUGGGAACCGACUCAUUAUUUUGUUUUCAACAGUGGUUUUCAAACCUGGGAAUAUGUGCCUCCUUAUGCUCUUAGAUCAUAUUUAUACAUUCUUAUUCAUGCAGUGCCUGUGUACCUUUAUAAAGCCUUGUUUAAUACUAGAAAAAUCAUGUUGUUUUACCUAAUACGCUGUGUACUUGCAUUAUUGAGUUCUCUCUGUGAACUAUAUUUUUACAAAGCUAUCUCAAAAAGAAUUUCAUCCACUGUUAGCAAUUAUUACUUAUUCAUAACAGUUUUUAGUCCUGGAAUGUUCAUCGCCUCUACUGCAUAUUUGCCUUCAAGUUUUUCCAUGUACAUGACUUUCUUAAUUAUUGGUGCUUGGUUAAACAAAAAUUAUGAAUUGGCAAUUUUUACAACUGCAUUGUCAACAUUUUUAAGUUGGCCAUUUUCAUGUCUAAUCGGAUUACCACUUGCAUGUGAUAUCAUUUUCAGAAAUAAGCAGUAUAUGUUAUUCAUUAAAUGGUGUUUGAUAUCAUUAGGGACAAUUUUAAUUUAUCAAGUUGCUACAGAUUCAUAUUUUUAUGGCAAGCUUGUUAUAGCCCCUUUUAAUAUUGUUUUUUAUAAUUUAUUCACAAGUCAUGGUCCUGAUUUAUAUGGUACUGAACAUUGGAGUUUUUAUGUACUUAAUGGCAUUCUCAAUUUCAAUGUUGUAUUUAUACUAUCGCUGAUGGCUCCUUUAAUUAUUAUAUUAAAAAAGAUUCUUACAAAACUUGGUAUCAAAUUUUCUAAACAAAGCAAUAUUAAUAAUAAUUCACUAUGGAUAUUAUAUUUAUCACCAUUUUAUUUAUGGAUUUUUGUAUUCAUAUUACAACCACAUAAGGAAGAAAGAUUUUUAUUUCCUGUUUAUCCAUUAAUACAAUUGGCAUCUUCUAUAUUAUUAGAAUACAUCAAAGAUAUGAAUUUGCAUUCAAGUGUUAUUCAUCAAUUUAAUUUUCUAAAACUGUAUAACAAGUUUAUUGAUAAUCUUUUUAUACCUUUUCUCUUUGUAUUUUUAUUAAUGGGAUUAUCACGAAGCACUCUUUUAGUUAAAGCAUAUCAUGCACCUAUUGACACAUACACGCAAUUGAGUAAUGAUCAUCUCACAUUGCCUGAAUCCGAUGUGAUAAAUGUUUGUGUCGGCAAAGAAUGGCAUAGAUAUCCUUCAUCGUUUUUUUUACCAAAUGAUAGAUGGAAAAUGCAUUUUAUAAGAUCAGAAUUUCGAGGACUUUUACCUGGUCGUUUUAGUCAGGAAUCUUUGUAUAAAGUUGUUGAAAAUUAUAAUGAUCAAAAUAAAGAAGAGUUAGAUAAAUAUAGUGAUAUUAGACUAUGUCAUUUCUUAAUAGAUCUGAACAACAAUCAGAGUUCAGAAUUGGAACCUAAUUAUUCUGAAAAUAAUUUACAAUGGUCUAUAUGGAAAUCUAUACCAUUUCUAGAUAGCAAAAAAACACCAACUUUAUAUAGAACAUUUUAUUUUCCAUUUUUCUGGGAAGAAAAUGUUAAGUUUUCAUCUUACAAUCUCCUUAUGCGAAAUGAUUUUAAUAAAAUGAAUACUAAAUCACACACAGAGAACAGUUCACCAAUAAAUUAUAUGUUUUAGACAAGUGCAAAAUAAAUAAAAUAUAAUUUUAGCUUUAAUAUAAUGAUAUAUAUAAAACUGUUUUAUGUUGUAUAUUUAGGUAUCAAUGAGGUUAUUGCACAAUUGUUUAAUUAUCUGUUUGGAGUCUUAGUGUUAAAAAAUUUCACGUUAUACAUAGUAUGUUUAUACCUCUCUAUACCAACAUAGUUAUUGACAAAUACCCACACUGCCAAACAAUAUUUUAUAGAUUACAGUUUUUAAUUUUAUGUAUGUGAAGUUACUGAAUCUUAGUUGAUUUGUUAUUUUUUUUUCGAAUUCAUGUAUAAAGAUUACUAUUAUCAGAAUAAAUCGGUAAAGUCAUAAAUUAUAAUUAAUAAAUUGCAUUAUUAUAUCGUUAAGAAGAUUUCU